AUGACGCUCCCCUCCCCAACGACGCUCCCUCCCAUGACCGACCAGCAUGCGCAGGCCUUUCAAGAAUUGAAGCAAAAGAUAGAAGAGCAGUUCGGCCCCGUAGUCAAGGGGGAGACGUGGUACGACGAUGUGACGAUAGAUCGCUUCCUCCGUGCACGCUCCUACUCGAUCCCUGCGGCCCUGUCCCAAUUCUCCACAACGGACAAAUGGCGUCGCGACUCUCAUCUUGCGCAGCGAUUCGAGGACAUGGAUGGGGCAUGGCUCAGAAGGGCACGACAAUGCUACCCGCGUUUGGUCGGGCGGUGCGAUCGAAGAGGGAGACCCAUGUUCGUCUUCCAACCUGGAGCGAUUGAUCCGUCCAAGCAUAAAGACUUGUUGGAGGCCAGCGAGGAGAGGAGAUUCAGCACAAUAGCCGUCCUCACGGAGCACCUCACCUCUCUGUACAUCCCCAUGGCCUCAACCCUCAACCAACAGCGAGGUGGCGGCCCCGUCACAGAGUCGAUGAGCAUCGUAGACCUCAGUGGCCUCUCGUUCCGUACACUCUGGACAUUGCGCUCCCACCUCGGAUCGGCUUCGAAGCUCAAUUCGGCCCAUUUCCCCGAGACGCUAGGCACCCUCGUCCUCGUAAAUACUCCGAGCUUCUUUUCGACGAUCUGGUCUUGGAUACAGGCGUGGUUCGAUAAGGGAACACGUGAGAAGAUUGUUAUCCUCUCGGGUGAGGAGAUGCGAGCGGGAAAGUUCAAGGAGUUGGUUGAGCCUGAAGACCUGCCUGUUGGGUAUGGUGGGGAGUUGGAGUGGACGUACUUUGAUCAGCCGGAUCUUGAUGAGGGCUUUAAGGAGUUGCUGGGCGUCCAAGAGAUGCCUGACGCUCCCUGUCGCUGGAAUGGUGAGAGGUUGGUGAUGGCCGGCGAGGCAGGGAAGAAAGACGAUGCGGUCGAGAUGAACGGCGGUGGGGAUGAGGCUCGCGAGCCUCACUGA